CGGACUCGGAGCUUGCUGCAUCCGAAUCGCCCGGAAAUAGCGGCCCUCCAGCUAUGGCCCCCCCUCUCGUGAACGGUGCGUCACGGGGCGUGUUCUGCAAUUGACAACUCUCGUGGUCAUUGUUAUUAGAGAGAGCGCCUUGAGGUCUGAUCAGCAUCAAGCCUAAAAUCAACGAAACCAAAAACACACCAUGGCAGGACGCAGCACAACUGCGACUUUUCUCGCCAUUGUGUCGAGCACUUCUGCCAUCGGCAUAGCAUAUCUCUUUUACAGACACGCGGACCUCGCGCGAAGAGUGCAACAUGAUAUGCGCAAGGGGUCGUUGUCGAAGGAAUCAGUACCAGAUUCUGCCAGCGACGAGGGCCAAAAACCCAGUAUCACAUCCAGUGCUUCCUCGUCUUCAACUACCACAAUUGCAACAUCGACAUUUGACAAUAUUGAAUCGAUUCCAAAGUCCAUCCUUUCCGGCGACGAGCAAGUCUUCAUAGUCUACGAUGCAGCUCGGAAGACCGUCCCGACUGCGCGGCUCCCUGAUCAUUUGACUAGAGAUGAGCUCUUGAAUGCGUAUGUCCGCCGGAACAUGGUCACGUUUGCGACUUGGUAUCCGCAGGCUUGGGCCCUCAAGGCAUUAUGCAAGAAAUACGCGGCUGCGUCUGAAGCUGAGACGUCUGGGACCUCUGGAACGCCGCCCCGCACGACAAGGUCCGAGCUCAGGCCCAAAGCCCCCCACGAGACUUUUGCAUCAGCAUACAUCCGAAAUCUCAAUUUCCAAGUAGGCGACAUUGUGUGCGGUGUCCACAGAGUGCUCGUACGCACGAGUGCAAAGAUUGAAUUCUCAACUGAAAUGCCCGGUCCUGCGACCACGACCAUGAUCUCUGAGGAGACACAGGGGGCACAAGACGCACGCGCGGUCAGUGCUAGUUCCAGUUCCAGUCCCAGUGCAAACCCAGUCAAGGGCGGUCGACUCGUCAUAUCUAUCAAAGAUACGAACAGCAUAUUUGACCAUGACGACGGCGAUGCCGAUCACAAAAUGACGACCUUUACCACUGAGUCAAUCAUGUGGAAAGACACUGAGGAAACACGGCCGAUCCCGUUGGAAGUAGGGCCAAUGAUAUGGCUGCACGAGCUUGCAAGCUGGAGCUUGUUGGAGGGUGGUGUAAACUACGUGGUAGGGCUGAAGAAAAAGUAAAGGGGCAGCCACUGAGCACAGAGUACGUGGGUUGUAUUGUUUCGUGUGGGCUUUGUGGAACGAAGAUCAUCUGCCACUCACUUUGGUAUUUUUGCGGGGUCCGAGCUCCUGUCUUCUCCCGUCAAAGAGAAUUUGUUCUCUAAAGCCAGAAAAAAACUGAGCAGCAAGACAAUUGCGGCUGACUCCCAGAGGUGCACAAGGGAAAAGGAAAAUGUGAGUC